AAGUUGUAAAACUUAUUGAAGAUUUUUUUAGUGUUGAACAAGUAAAAAAUGAUAUAGAAUAUACUAAUUUAAAAUUUGACGAAUUUAAAUUAGAAGAAUUUGGUAUUGUUGGAAAAAAUGUAUCUAUAGAAAAGAUAAUCAUUAAAAAUAAUCAAUGA